UGAAUAGUAGUUAGGCUGAGAGCCUUUUUAUAUUCCAUCCUCUCGAUAAUCAGCCACAGCCAAACUCCCCCAGCUCCUCCCUCUCUCUGUCUCUCUCCCUCCCCAAUUCCGUAAUCUGCAACCCUCUCUUUCUCUCGUACUGGAGGGGGAAACCGAGCUGCAUCUGUGUCUGUAUAACAACAAUGGGUUCAGAAGGAUCGAGGGUUAUAGUUCCUAGAAACUUCAGAUUGUUGGAAGAACUUGAGAGAGGGGAAAAGGGAAUUGGAGAUGGAACUGUCAGCUACGGAAUGGAUGAUGCCGAUGACAUAUACAUGCAUUCAUGGACUGGGACCAUCAUUGGUCCUCCCAACACUGUUCAUGAGGGGCGCAUCUACCAGUUGAAACUUUUCUGUGAUAAAGAUUAUCCAGAUAAUCCACCAACUGUAAGGUUUCAAACACGAAUAAACAUGAUCUGUGUGAACCAAGAGACUGGAAUGGUUGAACCUAGCCAGUUCCCAAUGCUGGCUGAUUGGCAAAGGGAGUACACUAUGGAGGAUAUAUUGACCCAAUUGAAGAAAGAAAUGAUGUCUCCUCAGAACCGGAAGCUAGCUCAGCCUCCAGAAGGAAACGAAGAGCAAAGGGUGGAUCAAAAGGGGAUUGUACUGAAGUGUUGUAUUCUCUGAAUGGGUUGAGAUGAAUGAACAUACUAGUGUAUAUAAAUAUAUAUGUAUCCAUGUAGAUGACCCCGUUUUCUUCAAUUUGUAUGAAAUGGCCAAAGUAGUCAAGAACCAGGGGUGAAUUAGUGUUCCUCUUUUAAAUGUCAAGUAGUAUUCUAGUAGAGUUUCUGGUGUUGUUUCAUGAUUCAAUAAGCUUCACUACUGGGACACAAAUAAAUCCACUGUCGGAUUUGUGGAAAGAGAGAAGAAAAGCAUAAUCAUGUGGUAACGAUCCUUGGAGGGUCGCUAUGUAAUUAAUUAGUUAUCAAGAAUUGAAAACCCUAUAGGUUUCAUGCAUUAUCUCCCCUUAUAGUUUGA